AUGAAUGCUUUGGUUGCUCUCUGUCAUUUCUGUGCUCAUGGCCCUCGGACAUUGUUCUGCACAGAGGCCACUGCACCACCCCCUCCCCGUCCCCGCCCUCUCAGGCAGGCCGGCUGCAGUGGCUGUUGAUAGCGGACCGAGAUGCGUGACCGGGAAGGGAAGGGUGACUAUGCGAGCAACAGCUCAGCCACACAAAGAGGAGAAAUGUGUGAGGGAUGUCGAUCUUUACCUGCAUCUCACCCAGGUUUUGUAAGCAUCGAUGAUGAGACAGGCAUACGUUUCCUGAGUCAUCAGCAUCCUAGACAGCCACAGCUUUUCAGUGUGGUACGGCAGGCCUGUGUGCGCAGCCUCAGCUGUGAGGUCUGUCCUGGACGUGAAGGGCCAAUUUUCUUUGGAGAUGAGCAACAUGGUUUGUGUUCUCACACACCUUCUUUAUCAAAGACAGCUGGCCAGAGGUUCCAACGUUGGUACAGUAUUGUCAUGGUUGCCAUGGACAGAAUCUACCUCAUUAACUCCUGGCCUUUCCUGUUACGCCACCUCAGACUUACUAUACAGAGUUUGCAAAGUACUGCACUCAAGGUGUUCGACAGCGAGCAAGGUGUUUGUCCCCAGCGAGCAGUGAGAAUGAACAGUGUGUUCUCACCUGCAGUUUUCCCACACCAAAGGAGUGGCAAUGCAGCCCGCUCAUUAACUUCCCUCACCCAGCACCCCAACCUCUGGGCCAGCCUACACUCUUCUUUUAGCUGGUUGCUGAAAGCCUGUGGAAGUCGUCUGACAGAGAAGCUCUUAGGAGCACCUACUGAGGAUACACUGGUUCUUAUAGAACGACAGACAGGUACAGAGGAGGAGAUGAGAUGCUGGGAAGGAGCAGAUGGAGGUGCACUAAAUCACAGCGGCACCAAUCAGAAGAGCGAACUGGGCCACAACUUCUUCUGUGAUGAUGCAAAACUAGAGGAAAUACCUGGUCCAAAGUUCAGGUCAUUGAGGCAUUUGAGACAGGUCCUCGGGGCCACUGAGUUCCGUCACCUUGCAUGGCAUGUGCUCAUGGGAAAUCAGGUCAUAUGGAGAGGCGCAGACCCUGGGCUCAUCCAGUCAGCUUUCACAGUGCUCAAGUCUUUGCUUCCAGUAGGGUGUGUGCGUUCUGUGCCAUACAGUGCACAGUAUGAAGAGGCCUACAAAUGCAACUUUUUGGGUCUCAGUCCAGAUGUACCCAUUCCAACCCAUGUCAGCUCCUCAGAGUUUUCUGUGCUUGUGGAUGUCAGCUUAGACCAAACCUGUCACAUCUCAGCUGUAGGUGAAGACAAUGUCUCCUCACUUUAUCAGUUCACCAUCAGCAGUGCCAAUACACAGCCUACUGACAGAGGUCCAACUUUAUUAAACAAGCUGGAAGUGGCUCUCUCCAAUGAGAACCUGUCUGUGGAUGUGGUGUCCCACUGUUUGUUAUGUCUCAAAGAAGAGUGGAUGAAUAAAGUCAAAGUGCUGUUCAAGUUCUCCAAAGUGGAUGGCCGAGGGAGGGAGGACACCCAGAAGGUUCUGGCCCUGCUUGGCGCCACAGGGCCGGGCGAGGAAGACAGUAGGCUGCUAAAGUUCUGGAUGACUGGACUCAGCAAAACUUACAAGACCCAUUUAAUGACUGCCGUCCGAGGAGGGGAGAGGAGCCCCAGUCAGUGAAUAAAAAACGAGAGGCGGAGGCAGCAGGGGGUAAAAAGGGAGUUGAAAAGAGGGUAAUACUGAAGAAAGGAAAGUGAAAGCAGGAGUCUUUUCAAGAGAACUUUUCUUAACAGGGAAAUGAACCCAGUGGUUAUCUGUUGUUUGCUUUUAAAAUAUGUGGUGUUUUUAACAGUGGAUAUAUUCUGGUACAGAUUAACACAUUUGCUUUAGAUGUGUCAAAGGGUUUUAGUUUGUCUAAGGGAAUUCUGAUACAAGACAAAUAUGAUACAUUUAACUUAUUACAAAAAGUUUUGCACUUUGUUUACUCUUAAUGUUUUUAAAUGAAAUAAAUCACUAUAAAAAGUC